AUGUGUGUUUUUUUUAAAUGCAUAAUUUUUUUUUUCUUUUUCUUUUUUUUUCAUGUUUCGAUAUUUUUCAAAAGAUCAAAAUGUCACAAGAUUAUUAGGGUGGUAGAUAUGAAGGAAGGUAUUAUAAGACCAAGAAGAUAUAAAAGUUUUUUUAUAUUUUUCCAAAAUGUAAGAGGGUAUAAGAAUGGUGAUAAAAAUCAUGUUUAUGUUUUAGAAAAUAAAAAAAAGUAUAUUAAUAAAAAUAAAAAUGGAACAAGAAAAAAUGAAAUAUAUGGAUCAUUGAAUGAUUAUAUAUAUAAAUUAUUGAUAAGAAGAUUUAAAAGAAAAAAAGAAAAACAAGAAUUAAAUAUAUAUAAAAAUGUCCAAUCAGCAAAAAGUUCGUAUAAUAUAGAUUUAUUAUUUUCUUGUAAUUAUCUUAUUAGUGAUAUAAAAAAAAAAAUAGCUGAAUAUAUAUAUGAGUUGAAAUUAAUAGAAGCUCAAAACUUUAAAGUCGUAUAUCUUGGGAAAAGAAAAUUAGUAAGACCAAUUAAAAAAUUAACAGAAGCAUAUUAUAUUCUUUUCUCUUUUGAAAUAUAUCCUUCAAUGAUUGAAGAAAUAUCGAACAAGUUAAAAUUACAGGAUCCCAUCUUAAGAUUUAUAAUAACAAAAAAUGAGAAGAAAUCUAAAAGCAUUGCAUUUGAGGAAAGUGAACCAGUCAAAAAUGGAGUGGACAAAUUGGAGCAGAGUUUUUUUAAAAAGGCAUCCUAA